CGUCAGUGCGCACGCAGCACCCGCGCAAGCAGACGCGGAGCAAACUUGGGAGCAUUUCUCACGUCGCCGAGGACUUAUCACUAUCUUUUUUUUUUUUUUUUUUUAUCCCCAUUUUUAACAAAUACGUCCUGAACCUUUUUCGGGACUCUUUUUGUGUGAUCCGACGGAGGAAAAAAAAAAAAAGGAGCGGGAGAUCCGGAGAACUCCACCCCGCCGGAGCGCGUCUGAAUGCGGGGAAGAGAGGGACGGAACCCCGGGGGGGCUGCGGUGGUCUUCUAUGUCACUCAAGCCGAAUCCACGGUUCUUGUCUUUCGGAGUAAAUCAAGACAAGCAAGCUAGGGAGUGAAUUAAGUCCUUUUUUUAACCUUUUUUGGGAGAACAUUUAUCUUUUUUGUGUAUAAAUUGGAACAAAGUGGUGCGCUGGAUGAAUGCGCCUCGAACACAGCUCGUGGUUGCCUCCCGCGUGCAGCUCCUCCGUUGACGCGAAGAAGGACGUGGGAGUGGGUCGUGUCUCGGCGCCCAUCACUCCGGGAGGAGAGGACACAGACCUAAACCGGUGCGAUGAGGAGAAGCGCGCAGUGGGCAAUUACGAGCGGAAACCGGAUGCCGCAGACCUGAAAAAAAAAAAGCAGUUUUUUUUCUUCCCGUGCUUCUGGAGGAGUUUAUCUACGGAUUUUUUUCUUAUACUUUUUGUUUUUUUUUCUGGGGACGAACCGAGGAUGCAUUGUGGAUUAGUCUUGACCCUGUUGACGGGGACGCUCUCGGUGGCCCUGGCGUUCAAAAACGACAAAUGUGGAGGGAACAUCCGCAUCUCAAACGCCAACUACCUCACCUCGCCCGGGUACCCCAUGUCGUACGCCUCCUCCCAGCGCUGCGCGUGGGUGAUCACGGCCCCGGGCCCCCACCAGCGGAUCCUCAUCAACUUCAAUCCACAUUUUGACCUGGAGGACCGAGAGUGCAAGUACGACUACGUAGAAGUGAGAGACGGCGUGGACGAGAGCGGUCAGCUGGUGGGGAAGUACUGCGGCAAGAUCGCCCCGUCGCCCGUGGUCUCCUCCGGGAACCAGCUCUUCAUCAAGUUUGUGUCCGACUACGAGACCCACGGAGCGGGGUUCUCCAUCCGCUACGAGAUCUUCAAGACGGGUCCCGAAUGCUCCAGGAACUUCACGGCCAACGGCGGCGUCAUCAAGUCCCCGGGCUUCCCGGAGAAGUACCCCAACAACCUGGACUGCACCUUCAUGAUCUUCGCACCGCGCAUGUCCGAAAUCGUCCUGGAGUUCGAGAGCUUCGAGCUGGAGCCGGACCCCACGCCGCCCGCCGGAGUCUUCUGCCGCUACGACCGGCUGGAGAUCUGGGAAGGCUUUCCCGGAGUCGGCCCGUACAUCGGCAGGUACUGUGGACAGAACACACCGGGGAGAAUCAUCUCCUACACCGGCAUCCUGGCACUGACCAUCAACACGGACAGUGCCAUCGCUAAGGAGGGCUUUUCUGCCAACUACACCGUCAUGGAAAGGACCGUUCCGGAAGACUUUGACUGCGGCGACCCCCUGGGAAUGGAAUCUGGCGAGAUAACAUCUGACCAGAUCGUGGCCUCGUCCCAGUACAACCCCAGCUGGUCCCCGGAACGAUCCAGACUCAACUACUAUGAGAACGCGUGGACGCCUGCGCAGGACUCCAACAAGGAGUGGAUACAGGUGGACCUCGGCUUCCUCCGGUUCGUCUCGGCCAUCGGCACCCAGGGCGCGGUUUCCCAGGAGACCCAGAGACCUUACUUCGUGAAGUCCUACAAAGUGGACGUCAGUUCGAACGGAGACGACUGGAUCACGCUGAAGGAAGGCUCCAAGCAGAAGGUUUUCCAAGGCAACAGCAACCCGGCAGACGUUGCCAAGACGAUGCUGCCCAAACCCACUCUGACGCGCUUCAUCCGAAUCCGGCCUGUUUCCUGGGAAAUAGGCAUCGCACUGCGCUUUGAGGUGUACGGAUGUAAGAUAUCAGAGUACCCGUGCUCGGGAAUGCUGGGCAUGGUCUCGGGCCUGAUCGCCGACAGCCAGAUCACCGCCUCGUCGCACGUGGACCGGAACUGGGUGCCGGAGAAUGCCCGUCUGUUCACCAGCCGGACGGGUUGGACCCUGCUGCCUCAGCCGCAGCCCUUCACCAGGGAGUGGCUGCAGGUGGACCUGGGCGAGGAGAAGGUGGUGAAAGGCUUGAUCAUCCAGGGAGGGAAGCACCGCGAGAACAAGGUCUUCAUGAAGAAGUUCCGCCUCGCCCACAGCAACAACGGGUCCGACUGGAAAAUGGUGCUGGACACCAGUGGGAACCGACCAAAGCUUUUCGAAGGCAAUAGCAACUACGACACUCCCGAGCUGAGAACGCUGGAGCCCCUGCUGACCCGCUUCAUCCGCGUCUACCCGGACCGAGCCACCCCCGCUGGGAUGGGCCUGCGACUCGAGCUCCUGGGCUGCGAUAUCCAAGCUCCCACGACGCCGCCUUCCACCACUCUGGCCACGCCCACGCCGUCUGACGAGUGCGACGACGACCCGGCCAACUGCCACAGCGGCACAGGUGAUGACUACGAAGUGACAGGAAGCACAACCAUGCCGGAAAGGACCACAUCAGCAGCUGGAGCGGAAAACAUCCCAGAUUUGAGGUGGUUUGCGUGUGAUUUCGGCUGGGCCAACGAUCCGUCCUUCUGCAGGUGGACUUCAGAGGAUACCAACUCUCGCUGGCAGAUCCAGUCCAGUGGCACACCCACCCUCAACACCGGACCCAACAUGGACCAUACAGGCGGCUCAGGAAACUUCAUCUUCACCUCAGCGACGGGUCUCCAGGAGACGAAGGUGGCCCGGCUGGUCAGCCCGCCGGUCUCCCCCCCGCAGGCGGACCUGUGCGUGUCCUUCUGGUAUCACAUGUUCGGCUCGCACAUCGGCAUGCUGCACGUCAAGCAGCGGCGGCAGACGGCCGACGGGCCCGCCGACGUCCUGCUCUGGACCGUCAACGGUCACCAGGGCAACCGCUGGAGGGAGGGCCGGGUCCUGGUGCCGCGCACCAACAAGCCCUACCAGGUGGUGAUCGAAGGCUUGGUGGAGAGGAAGAGCUGGGGAGACAUCGCCGUGGACGACGUCAAGGUCCUCAAUGGCCUCAGUGCCACGGACUGUAAAGAUCCAGAUGUUCCCACUGAGACGAUGCUGCCCGAGGACAACUUUAAUGAGAUCAUGGAGGAGAUCACCGAGUACCCAGACUUGGUGGAGACCAACCAGAUCAGCGGGGCGGGCAACAUGCUGAAGACCUUGGACCCCAUCCUCAUCACCAUCAUCGCCAUGUCCGCCCUGGGCGUGUUCCUGGGCGCCAUCUGCGGCGUGGUCCUCUACUGCGCCUGCUCGCACGGCGGCAUGUCGGAGAGGAACUUGUCCGCCCUGGAGAACUACAACUUCGAGCUGGUGGACGGCGUCAAGCUGAAGAAGGACAAACUGACGGUGCAGAGCUCGUACUCGGAGGCGUGAGGUCACGUGGACCGGCGCCGGGUGGGGGCGUGGACUUCUUCUUCUUCUUCUCCUCCGGGAGGGCGGACUCUUGA